GCCUGCCAGGUUGGGAAUCUUAUAUUCUUUCUGAAAGUCCAGAGGAAUCCCAGGACCCAGAAGAGAAGCAUCUGGAGCAGUUGCUGCAGAACAAAAUGGAAGAUUCACCAGCUGGCAUGGACCUCAGCCAUUCUCGGGAACAAACAGAGCCUACAGAUGUUCCAGAUGUUUUGACUGAUGGCAAUUCUAACACAUCCCAUGAAAUUGAAAACAUGGACAACAGUGAAGACUCAAAGGAAUAUCAGUUGACUAAUGGAGAAGGGAGAGAAGAGGAUGGCUUGCUUAAAGGCAAAGGUCAAUACACUGAAAAAGAAGAUGGCGUCUUGAAUUCUGAACCAAUGGAAAACCGAGGAGAGCCUGGGAGCCUUUAUAACUGUCAGCAGGAGUAUGGAGAGUAUGAAAGCAUCGAGCUAGAAAGGCAUUCCGGACCAUACGACCUCAUCAGGCCAUCUAGUGGAAAGCUGAUUUGCCACAUUUGUGGGUUGCGCUGUGUCAGCCUCAAUGUCUUGAUGGUUCACAAACGCAGCCACACUGGUGAGCGCCCUUUCCAGUGUAACCAGUGCGGGGCCUCGUUUACUCAGAAGGGCAACCUUCUCCGCCAUGUUAAACUUCACACCGGGGAAAAGCCAUUCAAAUGCCACCUUUGCAGCUAUGCCUGUCAAAGGAGAGAUGCGCUCACUGGUCACUUAAGGACACAUUCUGUGGAGAAACCAUUCAAGUGCGAAUUCUGUGGACGGAGUUACAAACAAAGAAGCUCAUUGGAAGAACACAAAGAGAGAUGCCGGACUUACCUGCAGAAUGCUACCCUUGGUGAAGCUGAAAGCGUGGAGGGAAGGCACAUCAAAUCCGAGAUGGGGACUGAACGGGCCCUUGUGCUGGACCGCUUAGCGAGCAACGUGGCCAAACGGAAAAGUUCCAUGCCUCAGAAAUUCAUUGGUGAGAAACGCUCCAGCUUUGAAGUGAAUUACAACCCCAGCUUUGUGUACGAGAAGGAGAGGGAGGCCAUGUUGCAAGGAUGCAUGCUGGACCAACAAGCCAUCAACAAUUCCAUGGGUUACCUUGGCGCAGAAGCCCUGCGCCCACUUGUGCAGAACGCGGCGCCCCCGACCUCGGAGAUGGUGCCCGUGAUCAGCAGCCUGUACCCCCUGGCGCUCACCCGCUCUGAAGUGCCCAAUGGCAACCCUCAGGAAGUGGAAAAGAGCCACGCCCAGCUGAGAGACAAGGCUAUGUCUUCCGACAGAGGCCUUUCUCCAAACAACAGUGGCCAAGAUUCCACAGACUCAGACAGCAACCAAGAGGAGCACCAGAACCUUGCCUACCACCAGAACCAAGCUCCUCCUCCUCUGCAGGCCCGUAAUGGGCUCCUGGUCUACAAGGAGCACCCCAGGUCCUACGAGAUCUUCAGGCCACCCGUCGUUUGUCCUCGUGACGUCUUGAAAGUCUUCAACAAGGAAGGCGAACCCAUUGGGGUCUACCGAUGUGACCACUGCCGUGUCCUCUUCCUGGAUUAUGUGAUGUUCACCAUCCACAUGGGAUGCCACGGCUUCCGUGACCCUUUUGAGUGUAAUUUGUGUGGCCACCGGAGCCAUGACAAAUACGAAUUCUCCUCCCACAUAGUCCGCGGCGAGCACAGAAUGGGACUGAAAUGAGAGCAGAACUUCUUCCAUCAGUUUCUGGGGAGACUCGUGCACCGUAACCUAAAACCAGUCCAAAACCAA